GCUCGGUCACUGCGGCAAUAAUGACAUUCCAGGUGCUUCGUAUACUCAGGCAAGGCUUGUGGGCAGCAUUAACUGGAGGAUGGUUUCAUGAUCCGGAGGAGAGUCAGUUUAAUAAUAUCUGUCACUUGUAUCUGUGGCUAUUCCUGCUAUUGCUGCCUCUGACACUUCACUUGUUGUUGCCUCCAACAAUGCUCGCCUUAAUUCUCAACUGUAGUGCCAUAGCUGUGUUGUUUGCAGCAAUUAAACUAACAAACUAUUGGCUGCAUCUCAUGUUUGAUAAAGGAAUGAUAAUUCAUCACAAGGGAGACAAAAUUAAAUCAAAUACGAAGGAUGACAAGGAAAUAAGCAGUGUCAAUAUCUCAAUUAAUCAUACAACUGUUUGUGUGAAUACGGAAGAUGCUAAUAAAAUUCCAAACAAGCAAGAUUUAUCGGUGUCCAACUAUAGUAGCUCAAAGUGGAAAGAAAUUAAUGGAAUAUCGUCGUCUGAUUCAUUGGUGCUGCAAAUGAUGAACAGCUUUGAAGACCCCAAAGUAAAUUAUUCAGAAAAUUAUACAGAAGAAGUGGUGAGUAAAAAGGACAUUUGUGAAACUCCGCCUUAUAAAUUGGAGCAACAUAAAGAUUAUGAAAGUAAUAACAGCAACUCAUAUCAUGAAAAACUAUCACCACGGGAUAUGGAGUUAAACUUGGAAUCUGUGGUAUGUUUUGAAAGUGAGGGGCAAUUUAUCAUGGAUUCCUGUUCACUCAAACAGCCAGAGUCAUUAAAUACUGCAAGCAGUCAGUCUGACACACCAAAAAUUUUGAAUCAAGCAAAACAAUGUUCAUCACAUGCUGAGGCUUCAAGCUUCUCAAAAAAGUUAUUUUAUAAAUGCAGCAUUUUUCCUGAGAAGUGGAUGGAAAUUUGGCAUGACCGACUUACAUUGUUGUCUUUAUUAGACAGAACUGAAGAUUUUGAAGAGAAUAUACUCAUUGUAUUUCUAGCCAUCAUGGUGUCAUUUCUUGGAUUCUGGGUUCUGAACCAUGGUCUUUUUAAAGACAUUUGGAUUUUACAGUUCUGUGUUGUUAUAGCCAGUUGUCAGUUUUCUCUCCUUAAGAGUGUACAGCCUGAUCCUGCAUCCCCAGUACAUGGAUACAACAAAAUAAUUGCAUACAGCAGGCCAAUAUAUUUCUGUAUAUUGUGUGGUUCUAUAAUGCUUCUGGAUGCUGGAUCUAGAGGUUCAUAUUUGCAGAUACCUACAUUGUAUGGUAUACAGUUAUUUUCUCCUGGAUCGUUUAAAAUGGCCAGAAAUCACAUCAUCGGGCUUGUUAGUAGUUUUCCCAUUAUCUCUUUGCUUGGACUUUUUCCUCAAAUCGACACAUUCAGUACCUAUUUAAUGGAACAAAUAGACACCCUGGUCUUUGGUGGUUCAGCUGCUGUUGGACUUGCAUCUGCUCUCUUUAGUUUAUGUAGAAGUACUAUUGCAGUAGCCAUACUUUAUGGAUUUUGUAUCUGCUCAUUACAGGAACCUUGGGACAGUCAAUAUAUACCUGCCAUCUUUUCAGCUUUCUGUGGUCUUUUGAUUGCACUGUCUUUUCACUUGAGUCAACAAGGAAGUGAUCCUUCUGUUAUAAUGUCACUUGUAAAAAGAAACCGUUGUCCACAGUCACUUAAUGAACAUUUGAAAAAAAUGAAAGAAAAGGAUAACGAAUACCAAGAGAAGAUUCAAAGCUCAGUUAAAGAAAGACUGAAGUCAGAUCUUUUUGUCUGCACUAUGGCUGCCAUUAUAUCAUUUGCAGUUAGUUCCAGUACUGUAUUUAUUUCACUAACGCCGGCCUUUAAUAUUGUACUCUCUGUCCUUGCCCUGACUGUUGGAUUUAUGGCACAUUACAUUCUUCCACAACUCAGAAAACAACACCCAUGGUUACUAAUUUUACAUCCACUUCUCCAAAGUAAAGAAUGCAGACAUCAACAUAUUGUUGAUGCUGCAGAGAUAACUUGGUUUGAAAAAAGUUACAUUUGGCUCAUCUAUUUUGAAAAAUACAUUUUAUAUCCCUCUAUUGUUUUAAGCGCUGUGACAAACCAUGCCGUUUCAGCCAGCAAGUGCACAUGGCUUGGAAAACAAUGUGGUGCCUUGUUGAUAUCAGUUGCUGGCAUGAAGCUGAUGAGAUCCUCUUUCUGUAAUCCAAUCCACCAGUUUGUAACCUUAGGAUUUACUGUUAUAUUUUUUCAGUUUGAUUGCAGCUCUAUUUCAGAGAGCUUUCUUUUUGAUUUUUUUAUAAUUUCCAUCCUGUGUACUAAGCUUUGGGAAUUAUAUCGCAAACUACAAUAUGUACUGACAUAUAUUGCUCCGUGGCAGAUAGCUUGGGGUUCAUCUUUUCAUGUGUUUGCUCAAAUUUUGUCCAUACCUCAUACUGCUAUGCUUUUCAUCCAAGCAAUUGCUACUUCAGUAUUGUCUGCACCACUGAGUCCAUUUCUUGGGAGUUCAAUUUUUCUUGCUUCAUAUACUAGACCAGUAAAGUUCUGGGAGAAAAACUACAACACAGAAAUAGUUGAUCAUUCAAAUACAAGACUGGUUGACCAAAUGGAAAAAGACACAGGGACUGACAGUGUAAACAACAUGAAUUCAAUCUUUUAUGAACAUCUUACAAGAUCCCUUCAACAGUCUUUGAGUGGAGACUUAACUCUAGGACGAUGGGGAAAUUAUAUUUCUGGUGAUUGCUUCAUAUUAGCAUCUGAAUAUUUAAGUGCAUUUGUUCACCUGAUUGAAGUUGGAAAUGGGCGUGUUACUUUCCAAAUUAGAGGACUUGAAUUUAGAGGAACAUACUGUCAACAAAGAGAGGUAGAAGCUAUAAUGGAAAGCAAUGACGAUAAGGAAGGAUGCUGCUGCUGUAAACCAUGUAAUUUCCAGCAUAUGUUAUCAUGCAAUGCAACUUUCAAUUUGAGAUGGCGUACAUGGGAAGUCAUGAGAAUGCAAUACAUUCUGGAAGGUUACAGUGUUAUUGAAAAUAACGCAGCAACCAUGCUGCAAGUAUUUGACCUGCAAAAAAUUCUCAUUAAAUAUUACAUAAAGAGCAUAAUAUACUAUACAACACAUUCAACCAAGCUAUUAAACUGGAUAAAAGAUGAAGCCAUGCUGAAGUCCUUACAACAUUACACUAAAUGGAAUCACAUUGUGACGGACUUUGCCAUCUUUAAUAUCCACAUUGAUGAAGAUUACAUUCCUUGCCUUCAAGGAAUUACUAGAGCUAGCUUUUGCAGCAUUUAUCUGGACUGGAUUCAGUAUUGUAAACACAAGGGGAAGUUACCUCUUGAUUGUGAUGAAGAUUCUCCACUGGUAACACUGUCUUUUGGAUUGUGCAUUUUGGGUAGGAGGGUUCUAAGAACAGCAGCACACCACAUCUCUUUCAGCUUGGAUUCGUUUCUAUGUGGACUACAUAACCUAUUUAAAGGAGACUUUCGAAUAUCAGUUCAAGAUGAGUGGGUAUUUGCAGAUAUGGAUUUGCUUCACACAGUUGUUUCUCGUGCAGUUAAAAUGUCCCUGAAACUCCAUCAGGAACAGUUUGCCUGUCCAGAGGAGUAUGAUGAUUCCAGUGCACUCUAUGAAGCAAUUCAGACUUUUGAAAAAAAAGUUGUCAUUUGCCACGAAGGAGAUCCUGUUUGGCGUGAGGCUAUAUUGUCUAACAAGGAAGAUUUACUCACUUUGAGACAUGUUGUGAAUGAAGGAAAUGAUGAGUACAAAAUCAUUAUGCUCCAUAAAACCUAUAUCAGUUUCAAAGUUAUCAAGAUCAACAUGGAAUGUGUAAGAGGAUUGUGGGCUGGACAACAGUUGGAAUUGAUCUUCCUUCGCAAUCGUGACCCUGAAAGGGGAAGCAUCCAAAAUAAUAAACAUGUUCUGAGAAACCUGAUUAACUCCUCAUGUGAUCAGCCACUGGGCUAUCCAAUUUAUGUCUCUCCUUUGACUACCUCUUACAUAGAAACUCAUAGCCAGUUAAGAAACGUAUCAGGGGGACCAAUUAUCCUGGAAAACAUUACAAAAUGGUUUCAUACUCAGUGGCUGAAAAUGACAAAAGAAUGUGACUCAAGUCAUAACACAGGGGAAAAUACUGAAGAAAAUAAUUGCCAAGAAGAUUCUUACACUCCUAGCAAUCAAUCUCCAACAUCACUCCCAUGCAGUGUACACAAUCCCUUCCAUCUAUGCUUGGAAAUUGCACAUAGACCCAGCGUCAAAAUUCAAACGCAUGACUCAGUCGGAAAAACAAAACAGAGGAGUCGUUCAAUGCAAACAGAUUCACAAUCAAACCAAAAAACUCCAGUUCCAAGCUGCUCAGGUCCAAAUCUUCAAAAACUGCAGCUUAAUGGUGAAGCUUUCACAAAUGACUUUAGUACUGCAAAAAGGCUUUCUGUGAGUCAACAAUCUUUAAAUAACUCCUCUUGGUCACCUUUUAUCCAUACUGCUGUGCUUUCUGUUGCUGCACACAAAAAUGUUAAUGAGAGAACAUGCAAAAUUCAACAGACAAGUCAAGCUUCCUCAUCAAGCUCCACUUUAAGUUUUUUGUUUGGGAAGAGAAGCUUUUCAAGUGCAUUAGUUAUAUCUGGAUUGUCAGCUGCAGAUGGAGAAAAUACAAUUGACACGCUGUCAUCUAGUAGUGUGAACAUUGCAAUGUGUCCAGCAGCCAUAUUUGGAAAUCAGACAUCACAGAGAGUCAUUGAAAAUAGUGAGAACAGUGACGAUACCAAUGCUGGUCAAAUGACAGAUCGAGAACAUGCAGAUUCUGCAGGAGAAACUCCUGGAGUGGAUUCAUAACUUCAGAAUGGAUAUUGGAAUGCUGAAUUUAUAUUGUCAUUUGUCCUGCUUCCAAGACAUGAAAGUCUAUAUCUGACUGUUCCUUUGCUGCCUGAUAUCUUACUCUUGGGAUAACCGAGGUUAACUUUGGGAUCCAGUC